UCCGUGUUCGAUAUGAUCACUACUUCUCUCUUCAUCAUUACAGCUUUGAGUUUCACGAGUUGUCAGCCGGUCGUGAGAGGGAGGGAUGGUCAGGACGAAUCUCCGGAGCUGAUGAACAAUAUACUCCCGGAGGACGAGGGACAGGAUGAUGUAUUACAGGUUCUAAUCAAGGAUAUAUACGACCUGGAGAGCAUGUUCCAUCAUCUAGGACUGGACGUACCAAACAAAGCCGGAGCACAGAGCAGAAACAACGAACCUGGCCAGGAAUUAAACAAACCACGGAAUAAUAUCUAUCCGAACAACCCGGAAAUUUCUCUCCGCUUGAUGAACCAACUUCCCGGAGUUUCUCAGCAAACUCUCGAACCCGGACAAACUGACCUGAACCUGGCUCCUGGAGAUACCAGAGUAAACCUGAGGAUGAAGAAGAGACACAUUGUUCCUAGGUUUAGCAAGAUGUCUCCGAACCCUCCCAUGCAGUUUCCAGCACAGUUUAUAAACCAAAUAAUUGAAAAGGAUGGUUUACACGUUUUCAGAAUGUAAUUUUGAAUUGAAUACAAAUUGGUAAAUAGUCUCUCACAUGUUUUACAAUUAUAAUAAAUGAUUCCAUAUUUUUUAA